GAGAUACCUCGUGCAAAUUAUGUUCCGAACUUCUGCUUCUCUUAUUCCCUCACGUCAAGUCCACUCACAACCUUCAACGCCUAUAGCACUAGGGCCAUAUAUCCUUGGCUUUUACCUCCUGGAAAAGUUAACAGAUGCCCUCCAGACAUUGGUACAGUCCGAAGUUUGAGACGAACAUUAGUGGCACUACGUCUAUUAUUGUUCAGGCACUAAACGCACCAAAGUGAUGCUACGCUCCGCCCAUCCAGUGCACACUGGUGUACACCCCACACUGACAUCAUUAUGAUCGCACCGCUCUCUGUAGUUAUAAAAGACGUCGCAUUCACCAUUGAAUUCAGUUUUAUUCCAUUACACAAACACUAUGUGGUUCACAUCCAAUUCUGAAGAGUCUCAAGCACACUCACAGGUGACUGGUGGACACAGCGCCAAACUGAGCCAUGAGCUCCUUGCCGCUGCCGCAUCAUACGAGGCUGCCAAAGCGUACGAGAAGCACGUCCAGAAGAACGGAAAACCUGCAAACCAUGCAAAGGCUGUGGAGCUACUUGCGGCGCUGACGGGUGGCUUUAUUGACCGCAUUGCAGAAACCAAGGGAAUGGACGCACUUGAUAAGCAAAAAGCCAAGCAUUCAGCAAACGAACGUGCUAAAAGCACCCUCGAGAAACAUGGAGAAUUUUAAUUGUGCCAUAGUGGUAGUUUGAACGUGCACGACGGACUUGGUAGCACGAUGUCCAAUAUAAUAUCUAUUACAAUAGAUCGAGUUCCAGAAUGUACCACAUAGAUCUGUCUUACAGUGUCCUGAAAAACCCAUCCGAGUUACAGGUACUUAUCAAUUUAGCACAGACCAUUAUCUAUCCACUUGAUAGAGGACUUUCAAGUUGACCACAGUGACUAGUGACAGGGGUGUCGUCUAUUUUGGCUUUUGUUAAAUAAGGAUUAAUAGGUACAAAGAACGCGUAAACACAGUCUUC